ACCUGUGCGCGAAGGUCUCUCUGCCUAGAGCUCGGUUUCUCUUCUGUGUCCGCACCUCUUGGCUCGGGGCCCCUGUGCUCCAUGACUCCGGCAUCUCCGGGCUUCGCGUUGGUUGGGGUGGUCCCUGUGCUUGGAGCACCUGAGUGUGCAGGGCCGAGGCCGGGGAGGAAGGGGCGGGGGUGCUGACUGUGGGUCUCAAUAGGAGUCUGGGGUUUUGGGGAGAAUCUUCCCGAGCUACCUUCACCCCAGCUCCUGGUGCCGGUCAUUUUUCCAGUAUAAUAGGGGGGAGGAGCGCUAAAUUCCAUGUCCAGCUCUGCCGUUUGCCAGUUGUAAGACCUCGGGAAAUCCCUUCCUUCUCUAAUUUCUCUUUAGAAGAUUGGAACCCACAGAAAUAGCAAUAAUGGUGGUCCUUUAUUUUGUGCUUACUUUGUGUCAGGCACUGAUGUGUUCCACUUAAUUCUCCCGAUAGAUACAAAAACUGAAGCUCAGAGAGGACAUAUGAUUUGUUCAGGAUUACACAGCUAAUAGGUGUCAGAGGUUGGAUUUCAUCCCAAGCCCGACUCCAUAAGCCAUGGCCCUAACCAGCAGGCUAGCCAGCCUUUAGGGCGCACUCCCCAGAGAGAGAAGAGGGAGGUGAAAAGGCCGAGGAUCCCCCGCUCCCCGUUACGUUUUAUUUAGUUUGUGGCCAGCAAAGACUUGCCCUGACCCGACCUCAUAGCCUUUCCUCACCUGGUGCUGCUGCCUCUGAGCUCCAGGCUGAAGGGGCAGCAAAGAAGUGGGCUGUGGCCAUUGCAAGCCUUCUUCACACAGGGCUGGGUGCUGGGCCCUGGGGUCAGCUUCCAAGACAGUUGCUGUUUCAAUCCAUCAUCCAUCCACCCUCCUCAAUGAGCAACCUCCCUAAGAGCUGGACUUGGGGAUAGUGAGGCCGGGUCUCUGAGCUCUGCAGGCCCAGCUCCUCCCAGAGCUGGGGCAGUGAGGCUGUGGCUGAGGUUGGUCCAGCGAGUCCCUGAAACCUUUCUGAGCUUCAGUUCCGCAUCUGUUGUAGAGGUUAUUAAGGCUCCCACAGGGAAAGGUAAGAACGGCACUUGCGAAGCAUAUGGUACACAUCGGAGGGUCUGUUUUAGAGAAGGGAGGUGACUUUUUAGACAGCCCUUUAUCACUCCUGGAACCAGCGCCUGGGAAAGUGGGUUGGGAAGGCAGCAGGGUGGGUGCAGCUAGACCUCGGGGAGCUGGCUGGCUGGCUGGGGCCUGUGGGAUGCGAGGGUCUUGGAAAGGGUAGGGAAGCAGUUGCCGUUCUUCCCCAUUGCUCUCUGAUGAGUCUAGACCGGAGGAGGGAGUCUGGCUCGGGUGGGGCUCUGCCCCCGGUCCCACCUCAGCGGUGACUCGGUGUAUGUGCCUCUCUUUCUCCUGCAGCUGCUGCCGCUCACCCCGUGUCUUCUGGCCGCUUCCCUCUUUGCUGCCCCUCCCCGCAGGCUCCCCCUCUGCACCUCCUGGGGACCAUCAUGAAUGGUGCCCCUUCCCUGGAGGAUGGGGCCUUCCCCUCUCCUCCUCCCUUGCCACCACCCCCUCCCCCUAGUUGGCGGGAGUUCUGUGAGUCCCAUGCCCGGGCCGCGGCCCUGGAUUUUGCCCGCCGUUUUCGCCUGUACCUGGCCUCCCACCCCCAAUAUGCAGGGCCGGGGGCCGAGGCUGCCUUCUCCCGCCGUUUCGCUGAGCUCUUCCUGCAGCAUUUUGAAGCUGAGGUGGCCCGGGCCUCUGGUUCCCUCUCACCGCCCAUCCUGGCCCCUCUGAGUCCUGGUGUGGAGAUCCCACCACAUGACCUGUCCCUUGAGAGCUGCAGGGUGGGCGGGCCUCUGGCUGUGCUGGGCCCUUCUCGAUCAUCCGAGGACCUGGCCGGCCCCCUCCCUUCCUCGGUCUCUUCCUCUUCUACAACCUCCUCCUCGAAGCCGAAGCUAAAGAAACGCUUCUCCCUCCGUUCCGUGGGUCGCUCCGUCCGAGGUUCGGUCCGUGGCAUCCUGCAGUGGCGGGGGACCGUGGACCCCCCCUCCCCAGCCGGGCCCCUGGAGACCUCAUCAGGCCCCCCAGUGUUAGGUGGAAACAGCAACUCCAACUCCUCUGGUGGGGCUGGGACCGCUGGCAGGGGACUGGUUAGUGAUGGAACAUCCCCGGGGGACAGAUGGACUCACCGUUUUGAGAGGCUGAGACUCAGUCGGGGAGGAGGGACCGUGAGGGAUGGGGCCGGGAUGGUGCAGAGGGAAGAGCUGCUGAGUUUCAUGGGGGCUGAAGAGGCAGCCCCUGACCCAGCUGGAGUGGGCCGGGGAGGAGGGGCAGCUGGGCCUACCUCAGGGGGAGGAGGGCAGCCUCAGUGGCAGAAGUGUCGCUUACUGCUUCGAAGUGAAGGAGAAGGAGGAGGAGGAAGUCGCCUGGAGUUCUUUGUACCACCCAAGGCGUCUCGGCCUCGGCUCAGCAUUCCCUGCUCUACCAUCACGGAUGUGCGGGCGACCACAGCGCUGGAGAUGCCUGAUCGGGAGAACACGUUUGUGGUUAAGGUGGAAGGCUCCUCAGAGUAUAUCCUGGAGACAGCUGAUGCUCUACAUGUGAAGGCCUGGGUGUCUGACAUCCAAGAAUGCCUGAGCCCGGGGCCCUGCCCUGCUACCAGUCCCCACCCCAUGACCCUCCCACUGGCCCCUGGGGCCUCAUUUCUUACAAGAGAGAACACAGACGGCCUGGAACUGCCCUGCCUGAAUCACUCAGAGAGUCUGCCCAGCCAGGAUCUGCUGCUGGGACCCAGCGAGAGCAACGACCGCCUGUCACAGGGGGCAUAUGGGGGCCUUUCAGACCGCCCUUCAGCAUCCAUCUCCCCUAGUUCCGCCUCCAUUGCUGCCUCCCAUUUUGACUCAAUGGAACUGCUUCCCCCAGAGUUGCCACCCCGCAUCCCCAUUGAAGAGGAACCCCCAGCUGGGACAGUUCAUCCCCUCUCAACCCCCUACCCACCCCUGGACACUCCAGAAACAGCCACAGGGUCAUUCCUGUUCCAGGGGGAAUCAGAGGGAGGUGAGGGGGAGCAGCCCCUCUCAGGGUAUCCUUGGUUCCACGGGAUGCUCUCUCGACUCAAGGCUGCCCAGUUAGUACUGGCCGGAGGCACCGACUCCCAUGGUGUUUUCCUGGUACGUCAGAGUGAGACGAGGCGGGGCGAAUACGUCCUCACUUUCAACUUCCAGGGCAAGGCCAAGCACCUGCGUCUGUCGCUGAAUGAGGAGGGUCAGUGCCGGGUCCAGCACCUGUGGUUCCAGUCCAUUUUUGAUAUGCUCAAGCAUUUCCGGGUGCACCCCAUCCCGCUGGAGUCUGGAGGCCCCAGUGACGUUGUCCUUGGCAGCUAUGUUGUGUCCUCCCAGCGGCAGCAGGAACCGAACACCUCCCACGACCCACCCCCACCCCCUGAACCCCCUUCAUGGACAGAUCCCCCACAUCCUGGGGCAGAAGAGGCGUCGGGGAUGUCAGAAGUGGCAGCAGCAACAGCCACAGCAGCCAAAGAGAGGCAAGAGAAAGAGAAAGUGGGCAGUGGAGGGGUCCAGGAAGAGCUGGUCCCCGUGGUUGAGCUGGUCCCCAUGGUUGAAUUGGAAGAGGCCGUGACACCAGGCGUGGAGCUCCAGGGAGGCCCUGGAUCUGGUGGGGUCCCUGAAGCAACACCGAUGGUGCAGCUCCAGCAGUUACCACUAGGGGGCGAUGGAGAAGAAGGGGGCCACCCCAGAGCCAUUAAUAACCAGUACUCCUUUGUGUGACACCCUACCCCCACCCUUUCUCCACUUUCUUGCUCCUCAGCCCUCAGUUCCUGAGACGGGGGCUGAGCAGGGACAUAGAGGAGCGGUAGGAAUCCCCUCCCCAUAUGCUUCCUUACCCUUGAUGGCCAAGGGCAUAUAUGUUGGUACAAGAAGAGGUUCAAGAGUCCCGUUAACUCCCCAGUUCAUACACUACAGGUGCCCCGUCCCCUGGGGAGGGGACUUGGGCUCCAUUACCUCUCCAAGGGGCUCUAUGGUCAGCCCCGCCCCUGGGGGCCAUUUCCCCAUUAUCUACCCCCCAGCCCAAGGAGGGGUGAGGGGGAAGGGCUGUCAGUUAAUAUUAAGGUGGUUGUUGUUGUUGUUUUAAACAAAAUGGAGAAGCAUAAAUAAAUAAAAGGGUUUAUCUCAGUU